AUGGCUUAGAAUCAAAAUAAGUAUUCAGUUUUACUUCCCACUUACAACGAAAGAGAAAAUUUACCAGUUGUUUUAUAUCUCCUUUUUAGUAUGGCUGAUAAGAACAAGCUUGAUUUAGAAGUAGUUGUUAUUGAUGAUAAUUCUCCUGAUGGCACCUAAGAAGUUGCUAAAGAAUUACAAAAAUUCUAUGGAAAAAAGCUUGUUUUACAUUUUAGACCAGGAAAAUUAGGUUUAGGAAGUGCUUAUAUUGAUGGGUUGAAAUACGCCACAGGUAAUUUUAUCAUCUUGAUGGAUGCAGAUUUCUCUCAUCAUCCCAAGUUUAUUCCUUAAUUCAUUAAGAAAUAAGCUGAAAAUAAUGCUGAUAUAGUCACUGGUACUAGAUAUAGAAAAAACGGAGGAGUUUAUGGAUGGGAUUUCAUGAGAAAGCUCACAAGUAGAGUUGCUAACUUUAUUGCAAAAACUACUCUUGGUUCAAGUUGCUCUGACUUAACUGGAAGUUUUAGACUAUAUAAAAAAGAUGUAAUUGAAAGAAUUAUGAAGGAAAUUAUCAGCAAAGGUUAUGCUUUCUAAAUGGAAAUAUUGAUCCGUGCUUAGGGAUACAACUACAAGAUUGAAGAAGUUCCUAUUAUUUUUGUUGAUAGAGUUUUUGGUGAAUCAAAGCUUGGUGCAAAUGAAAUUAAUAUCUAUCUCAAGGGUGUUUGGAAAUUAUUUGAAACUUUCUGA